AUGAGGCAGAUGCGCCGGCUUUUGUUAACCUUAAGCCUUUCGACUAUCAGCUCAGCCGCUGCUUUUCAAACACAACCCGAUUUGCUUCGAUUUCAUGUACCAUCUGGUAUAACAGCGGACUCGUUGCAUAACGUUUAUCUUGAGUUCCUGGAUGAGAGGUUUGAGGGUGAAAUUCAGCUUGUGUAUGGAGAAUGUGACAUUGCUGGUACAUCUCAAGGUCACCAUGAUAUUGGGAGAGUGAUUGUCAAACGAGGGUCACACCCCGAACGGUUUGUUUGGUCAACACCGCCAGAUGCACCGCAUUUCCACUGCCUUCAUGCGUUCUCCGGACCUGCAUUGGUAGGGAGGUCGGAUCCUAUCUCCGUGGCUGCUCCAAUUGGCCGCCGAGAGAGCAUUGCAGACGUGGCUGACACCAUGGGUCCUUGGUUUGACGGAGUUGCAUAUAUGAAAGGAAAGGAAUCCGGUGAUGCGGCUGUGGCCAAGGCAAAAGACUCGUCUGUUGCGAUUGUUGGAGGAGGUAUGGCCGGUCUAAUGACAAGCUUGCUUCUUGACUCUGUUGGCAUCCAUAACUGGCAUAUCAUCGAAUCAUCAAAUCGAAUCGGAGGUCGGAUUCGCACCAAGUAUCUUAACAACACCCGUCCCGACCAGUACCAGUACCAAGAGAUGGGUCCCAUGCGUUUCCCUGUCCAUAUUACAUACGCGGGUACGAAUGAGACCUUUGACAUCCAAGACCAUAAGAUGGUAUUCCAGCUAGCAGAUACCCUCAACAAGAUGAAUGCGAACGACCACCCGGAGCUGAACGUUGAUUUUAUCCCGUUUAUUCAAAACGCAUCAAAUGUUCCCACUUCGACCGGAGGAAAUCGUCUUCCCAAUGGUCGCAUUCCGACCGCAGCCCAGGUAGCAGAGGACCCUUCUCUGGUGUACACGGCCACACCCCCUAAUGAAAUGGCUGUAACGGACGCAAGGGCUGAUCUCGGGAAAUUUACCGAGAAAGACAAAGUCAACAUGCUGAAGGAGGCGGCCUCCAACAUGUUUCGUGCACAUAAAGCCGCGGUUGAACAUGGGCUUCUUCACUGGUCUGAGGAAGCGUAUCUGCGCUACGCACUGGGUUAUGACCCAAAUGUCACGGAUUAUGUGGCCGGAAUUAGCACCAAAUCAAUCUGGGAAAUCAUCUAUGAGGAUGUUUAUUUCGCAGCUACUGAGUUUCUCACGAUUGACAAAGGUCUGGAAUCUCUUCCACGUGCAUUCUGGCCCCAUGUAGCGAACAAGACUACACUGGGGCGCAAAAUCGAAGGUCUCUCAUAUAACGAGAAAACAAAAAAGAUCUCUGUCAAUUGGCGAAAUGAUCCCUUGCAGAUGGUCCCUGAAAGCGAGGAGUAUGACUACGCUGUUGUCUCGGCUCCGUUUAGCAAGGUCCGACUUUGGGACUUGCCCCGCUACUCUUCCCUGUUGAGUCGUGCGAUCUCGGGGCUGAACUAUGAAACAUCCUGCAAGAUGGCCCUGCAUUAUGAGACUAGAUUUUGGGAGCAUCAAGAGAAUCCUAUCCACGGAGGUUGUGGCACUGUGGACGUACCAGGAGUCGGCUCGGUUUGCUACCCGUCGUUCAAUAUUAACGGCACAGGACCUGGUGUCAUUCUUGCGUCGUAUAUUAGCGGUACUCCGGCUCGCUCGACGGCUGCUUUGAGCACCGAGGAUCAUAUUGCUCUUAUCCAGCGGGCGAUGGUAGAAUUCCAUGGCCCUAUCGCUGCUGAACAGUUCACAGGUAUAUAUGAUCGACAAUGCUGGGAAGUAGACGAGCACCAGGCGGGGGCUUGGGCGUCGCCUUGGGUCGGCCAGCAAGAAUUAUAUCUUCCAGCAUAUUAUCAAACAGAGAUGAAGACCAUAUUUAUUGGCGAACAUACUAGCUACGUCCAUGCUUGGAUCUUCUCAGCGUUGGAUUCCGCCGUCCGAGGUACAACCCAGCUCCUCCUUGACCUUGGAUUAGUUGAUGAAGCCAAAAGUGUUGUGAAAACUUGGAUGGGGCGAUGGAUUAAACUAUGA